AUGGUACGGAACCCUUCGUGCGCGACCCAAGACGUGGAAGAAACGAUAGAGGAAACGGAAAUAGAGCCGGAACCGGCGCCGCACGCCGCCGCCGUCAAGUGGGUCGUGGAUGCUAGCUUCAAACAGCACCACAGCCGCGCCAGCAUACCCGACGACCCUGCAGAUUGGUCCGUUCAACACGUCAAACUAUGGAUACAGUGGGCGGUGCGGCAGUUCAAUCUGACAGGUGUCAAGCUGUCAGAUUGGCACAUCAGUGGGUGGACGUUGUGUGCACUCACUAAUUUAGAUUUCAAAGAAAAAGUACCAUCGGACCCGGGCGACUUAUUUUGGACACAUUUUGAACUUUUGAGGAAAUGCAAGUUUAUUGCGGUGGUGCAGAAUCAAAACCAAACCAAACCUGACCCACUGGAAACGCCACAGUCUGCCAUCAAAAAACGACCCAAAAUGCAAGUGAUCCACACAUACACCGAUGAGGAGGCGACGUUCGCCCACACUAGGAAUGGAAAUAACGGACAAGUGCAGUUGUGGCAGUUUCUGCUGGAGCUGCUGACGAGCGCGGAACACCUGGACGUUAUACGGUGGCACGGCACCGAGGGCGAGUUUAAGCUCCUCGAGCCGGAGCGAGUGGCUCGACUGUGGGGGGCGCGCAAACACAAACCGGCCAUGAACUACGAGAAACUGUCUAGGGCUUUGAGAUAUUAUUACGACGGAGAUAUGAUUGCGAAAGUUGCGGGGAAAAGGUUCGUGUAUAAGUUCGUGUGCGAUCUGCAGCAGCUGCUCGGGUACGGCGCGGGCGAGCUCGCGCAGCUCGUGCAGGAGGUCCACGACGACAGGCACGAGGCGUAGGGGGUCACUCACACAGAUUUUCUAGUGUCGACUGGUCACUCAUGAGGGCCACUGGUAUGACAAUGUUCUCGUGCGGGUUGGUCACUCACGGGGUCACUCACAACAUUCGCAGAGUCGCAUGAUAUUCACAGCACGCCAGGCUCGUGUACAAUUUCGUGUCUCACACCACAUGCUUAGUGUAGCAAAAUGGGUCACUCACGAAAACAGUGACAGCCGAAUAAAAAAAUCCUUAAUAAUUGUGGCCCAGAAACUUUCAGUGUUACCUAUGUAAAUAUGAUUAUAGUAGCAGGUAUGGAAUUACACAAAAAAUCUAAUAGGGGAUAUAUUACUGCAAUAUUCUGCCGCCAGAGUGCAGCACUACCGACUCAGUAAAUUUAUAGACUAACUUAUACAUACUGUGCCUUAAACUGUUUUUUGACAAGUUUUCACAGACAAUAAAAUAUGACUGAUGCAUCAAGGCGGUUUGUUAACAAGGGCCUACCGGUAAACGCGAAAAUCGAAAUUUAGUUAUCUGCCUCUUUAUCGCUCGAAUAUGCAAGAGUGAUAGAGAGAUUAGAUAACGAAAUUUCGGUUUUUUUGUUUCGCGGUAGGCCAUGUGAUUGACGUGACGUGUGAUGUGUCAAUGUGGUUUGUUUACUGUAUGUGCCACAAAGGUGCCACCUACGCGGAGCUUUGCCUAAUAUUUCCUAUUUAGAACGUAAAUACAAACAAAAUUACAUAAAUACGAAUGUUAUGGCAGCCAUGCGGUAGAAUGAGAUAGCAAUAUCAAUUGCUCCCUCUAACGCAUAAAUGCGUCCCUUGGAGUGGCCGGCGCUGGCCCAUCGUGUAGAGGAGCCAUUAAGGCUGUAGAUGUAUAAAUAUAGUUGGUCAAACCAAUUUGUCAGUCAGCAAGAACCAGGAAAACUAUACUCAUCCUUUUAUUUUGGGUGCUAGCUAGUACUAGUGUAAGACAAAGAUAGUAUGAUUCUGUCUAUCUAUGAUUGAAAUGAGACAGUCCUUUGACAAACUAUAAUUAUCAUAACCUCCAAUUUUACAAAUAUUUACGAUCAACAAGCAUGAUUCUACAUUGUAGGCACCUUGACUUUUAAGUUCAUGCACAAUAAUAUUUAAUAUAUUGCCAUUUAAUGGUGACAGCAGAAAUUUCUCUCGAAAUAGCAACGAUUCAGAAUGUAAACAAACAAGAUGGCUCUCAUCCACGAUCCACAUUCCACAAAUAAAACACAGAUGACACGCGAUUUUGGAAUUAUUCGAAAUAAGUGUUGCUAACCCGCGAUUUUUCAAAUAUGCCGCCUUUUGCUACUGACAAGAUUUGCUUGACUAAGUAUACGAAUGUUAAGGCGUGUCCAGACAGAGGUGAUCAAAUCGACCGAUUUGAUCAGAAAGUAAAUUGGUGGCAAUUUUCAAUUUAAUCACCAAUUUUAGAUUCAUGGUGAUAUUAGAGCCCCCUAAAUUGAAAAAAAUGCCCCAAAAUAAAAAUACUGGCGUCACAAAUGGGUAUUCUUGCGUCCGCACCUCAUUUUAUCGGUCAUAAUCGGCGGUUUAAUUCGGCGAGCCAAAUUGGCGUUUGCGUUCGCACGUCCUGAUCGGACAAUUUAAUCAGAUUGGCGAAACAUUGACUAGUCUGGAUACCCUUUAUCUCUGGGUAGCCUUAAGGCCCCGUUCGCACGGCAGCUUUUUCGACGCACGUUAAAAAAGCGUUUGAAUGACACAAAUGGAUAACCAUGUAUGUAUUCACACGAAGGCGGUUUUUAAGCGCGGCGCUUUUUUAUCGAGCACUGUUCGAUUUUCGGCGUCGUUGAGCGUUGGCCGUUAAUUGAAUUGAUCAUACGGAACUCCGUGUAUCUGUUCUCACAAGCGUUAAAAAAGCGCCGGCGCUGCUGUCAGUUGGCUGUCAAGUGUCAAUUUUCGGUGUCAAUCGUCAAAAUUAUUAUUAGUUUCACCUUAAAAAUGUCAACUUAUGCUUACUAAUUCCUGAAAUAUUCAAGCUAUAUUCAAAUAAUACGUCGUAAUAGCAAAUAAAGUAUGGCUUUGCUGAGAUGCGUACGUGGCAGUACGACUGACAAGUGAUUUUUAAGCGUUCAUAUGAACACAAAUAUUAGAAGCGGUAAAAAAGCGCCAACGUCGGGUUUUAACGCGACGGUUUUUAAGCUGUCGUGCGAAUGGGGCCUUAAGGCUGUCGAUGUAUGAAUAGUAAACACGCCUUGACCGACGUGUGUUUGUGUACGUGCGUGUGUAAAUAGUGUAUUUAAGGUCUGUUUGUAUAAAUACAGUUUACGCUUGUUUACUAUA